AGAGACUAGAAGAAAAACUUUUCUUUCGGAGACGGACGUGAGCAAGUUCUGCGGGGAGCCGUUCGCAGCGAUCUGCUGUAACAAAAAAAACUUUUGUAUGUAUUUCCAUUCAAGGGGAUGUCUUGCCAUCAGACAUAACCGACCGAAAAACGUUUCGUUGGACCUCACUGAAAAAUAUCUUACUGACAUUUCACGUUUGAACCGAAAUAUAUAGAUUAGGUUUACCCGAACACCUACACUUUUUCGCUUUACAAACCGGGGUGAGUCAGACAGCAAGUUCAACAACGGAUUUGCCGAUUUUUUUUUCUUUAGUCUGUCAUUUCUACAACUGUUAUGUGCUGCUAAAUAUAGCGCAUUUGGAUAUGUCCCGUACGCCCAGAGGACAAAAUCGAGUGAAUGGCCCGACCACCCUAAUUGAAAGAGGCGAAGGCGGAGAGUCGCAGACCAGUAGCGGAGCAGACUCCCAAUCCAGCCGGCCCGGCGAAGGGGACCUUAUUCGCGGAGGAAUUACGAUGUCACAUAGCCUUCUUGGUUACCAGUCCAGGUCCCCGGUGUUUAGAACGCUAUCCAGAUCGUCCAGCGGAUACUUUUCUUUCGACUGCGAUUCUGUCCCAAGCUCUCCUCUUAUGACCCAUAACAAGUCGACGCAAACUCCGAGUCCGUCUAGCCAAGUCAUUACCCACGCACAGCGGCGAAUAUCUGACGUGCACCAAAACUCGCAGCAUUAUGAGAUGCCUCAGGCUCCCCACCGCCCUUUUAGACCGCGGUCGCUAUCGAUGCCUGCCGACAUGCGGGCAGAAGUUUGGGUCGCCCAGGAGCUGCGGCGCAUCGGCGACGAGCUGAACACCCUUUACCUCCACAGGGGAGUCCGGGAUAGGAACGGCCGAGCCAACUGGCUGGACGUGGGGCGGGGCCAGAACAGACCGGCCCUCCGGCUCUGGAUCAGCCUCCUGGUCCGGCGGCUUCUUCAGAUCAUCCUGAGACAGAGAUGAUGGACGGGCACACGGAUGUUCCUACCGCCGCCACCACCACCACCACCACACGCCCAGCAGCCCGUAGCGUCCGGAUGCCUUUUGUUGUGCACACUGUAGAUAUGUGAAUAUGUACUGUAGGCUUUCAUUUUUUUUUUUUUUUUUUUUUUUAAAUUAGUUUUUUUAAAGAAGUAUUUUUUACUACCUUUCAUUCUGUCUGUGAGCCUGGCUCUGGAUACCUGCUUCAUGUCCUUUCAAAAAAAAAAAAAAAAAACCUGGUUAUUGACGCUCGUACCUUCUUUGAGAACAUGAGUGGUUCCUCCCCUUGGACCGGUUUGGGAUGAAUGCGACGGGGGUGGGGGGGGGAGAAAAAAGAAAAAAGAAGAAUGAAACUGUUCCAGUGGGAUUUGGAUAAAAAGUUGGAAUCGUACCUCAUAACUGUUUUCCUGCUAAACUUGGAGAGCUGAGCCGAUGCAAAAAAAAAAAAAAAAAACAACGCCAAAGAUACUGUCCAGAGAUGGGGAUCAAAAC